UGUGUGCGUGUGUGUGUGUGUGUGUUAUAAAUCUGAAGGUCUGCAGCUUCUCAGGGCCUCAGUGUGUGUUGUGUGUGUGCAGACGCAGUGACCGGUACUAACGACCCCCUCUGUGAAAUUAAUGAGAUAAUUUACGUCUCCACAUUCAAACACAAAGAGAGAAGAAGAAGAAGACGGCCAAAGGACAAGUCAACCAGUCUGUGAACGUCCCUCUGCUGGUGCCACCGGGGAAAGUACCCGAGUUAACAUGUCUGAAAGCGGCUGGACGCCUGGUGGCUGAAAGUACUUGUGUCAUAUAUUUUCGGAGUAUUUGUAGACGUGUUGCUGUUACUCUUACUGGAUGUACAGCGCUAAUCGAACGAGGUGUUCGUGGUGCUGACGGAUGACGUUCCGAUGUUUCUGCUGUGAGCUUGCUGCUACACACACCCUGCUGUUUGUGUGUUCCUUCUGGCCUCCUACACACCGGCAGCACCUUCAGUCUGAGCUGCUGAAAGGAAUUCUGGGAGACACAGGAAAUCGCUGAUUGCUGCAGACGCGGAGGAUUCACAAAAACAGGAAAAACAUAAGAACAACAUGUCAUCACGUCUGUGGGCAUGAGGGGGGGGUUUGUUUUACACUCUCAGACGUGGCAGCCAGGUGGGGUUUGCUGAGACUGUGCAGCCUGUGUGUGUUUGUGUGUGUGGUUUGGACACUUGGUGUCAGGGUGGCCUGAUGGUGGGAGGUCUAUUUUAGUGCGGCGUCUCUCUUUUUGUCUCUCCCACAUUCCUGCCAGCUGAUUGGAUUGCUGGUUGCGGUAACCUAGCAACGUUCAGAUAUCUCCCAGCGUUCCUCUGAGUUAUCUCCCGUCCCGGCAGACUCACAGCUGCUGAAUGAGAAGCAGAACAAGCGCUUUUGAGUCACCUGAUCAGCAUCAGGCUGACCAGACGCUGAAGGAGAAGUUUGUGUCUGAUGGCUCGGUGAUCCUGACGGGAGUUACAGUCCGUGUUCAGGACUGAACCGGUUUAAGUGUUUUCCCUGUGGGUUGAGGUCUAAAGGUGCAGAGCGCAUGGUCACUGGCUGACUGUAGCUACAGCCACAGCCACAGUCGGUGGCUCUGCUGACGCGCUGCCCCCUGUGGGUCACAGCUGCCUUUCAAACAUGUUAACCGACAGUAAAAUGUCGUCCUCUUGUCUUGUUGCUAAAGGGAAACUUUCUGCAAGCAAAGAAGCGACUCAGCGUGAUGCAUUUAAUGCCAGCUGUGAACCCAGUGCUUUGAUUGUUGUUUAAAUCGGCUCCUCUAACUAACAUCAGAAACGUUCUCGUGUUUGACCUCAGCAUUCAGUAAAUAAGACCAGUUCACCCAUCCAGCUGACCAAUCAGCAUCCAGGAUCCAGUCCUUUAAAACGUGGACGUCAGCUCCCUCCUGAACGUCCCUCGUUUUCGUGUUUUUUGGUCAGAUGGAGCAGAUUUCGUCUUCAGAUCAAACUCCUGCCAAUAUGGUCGCUUAGCAACAGCGUUGACUUCCUGGAAAUCAAACAUGGAUCUGAAAAUAGCACAGAGCAAACAAGAGGAGGACGACUGUGUUCAGAACUCCAUUCAGAUAUCUGCUGAUUCUGAUGGAGAGUCUCUGUGAGUCUCUGGUGCUGCUGUGAAGACGUCAGCCUGUGUAGGACGAGGACGUUUGGUCUUCUGUCCUCCCACACCACACACCAGCUCAGCAGAAACGCCACUGAAACAUGUACUGAGUGAGGUGGACAAACCGACACAGACAUGAUCCCUUAUUCUCCCUGAGGAACUGACCAAUCAGCAGUCAGGAUGAUGCCAAAGCAGCUGGCUCAGACGUCUCCAGGGAGUGUGUUGUCGCUGAGAGGGUCCAGCAUCCCAGGAUCCCCUGCUGCCGCCAUCGUGGCCAGAGUGGAGGACGGGGUGAUCGGCUAUAAGGACCUGGCGGCGUUACCAAAAGACAAAGCCAUCCUGGACAUCGAGAGACCAGAUCUGAUGAUCUACCAGCCGCACUACAGCUACAGCCCACUGGAGAGGUCCUUGUCUCCUCGCUCCAUCUCUCCUCCUGCCUCCCCAGAGAGGGAGUCCAGGGAGUGGCUGGAGAACCGGUCUCCUGGAGGUUCCUCCCCUGGUUCCACCGUCCAGACCAGCGGAACACACAGCACACACACGCCGCCCGCGCCGCACACACCAAACACGCCGCACACACACUCGGCUGGUAGCAAGAGCGCCGUGCAGCACUUCCACAGGCCCGAAAACGGCUCCAACAUCUAUAAGAAGCCUCCCAUCUACAAACAAGAUGUGUCGUCCUCUCAGGUCCCUCAGGGGAAACACAUCGUGGAUCUGAUCAUUGAAUCGUCAAAGUUCCCAGCAGCUCAGCCUCCAGACCCCAAUGAGCCCUCCAAGAUCGAGACGGACUACUGGCCCUGCCCCCCCUCCAUGGCUGUCAUUGAGAAGGAGUGGAGGAAGAAGAUGCAGAGGGAUGAAGAUGAGGAGGAGGAUGGAGAGCUGGACGACGAGCUGUGGGGACUCAGAGUGCUUCAGAAACAAGAACUCAACAAGAUUCAGUCCAAUCUGGGCAAAAUCAUCCUGAAGGACGAGUUGGACAAAUCUGCAGCCCCUCUGAGGAGGAAGACUCGCUCCCUGCCGGACCGCAGCCAACAUGCUGGGUCCAACGCCUCCAAGUCUGUUUAUUUCCCAGCGUCCUCGAAGACGGGCCUGUCCAGGGUGAGUGAUGCUGGACGCAGCGGUCCAAUGACAGCAGAGCUUGAUGAUGAUGGUGAUGAUGAUGAGCGUGUUUCUGUUUGUUCUCAGCUGCAGUCGGCAGAGUUCAGCUCGUCUGAGAAAACCCCAGCAGAUCUUCAGAACGGAGACUCGAGGAUGGACCGAGGAAACUCUCUGCCCAGCAUGCUGGAACAUAAAGUCUACCCCUAUGAGAUGCUGGUGGUGACCCACAGAGGGCGGAGCAAACUGCCCCCGGGUGUGGACAGAACCAGGCUGGAGAGACACCUGUCUCAGGAGGAGUUCUUCAGUGUCUUCGGGAUGUCCGUUGAGGACUUCGACCGCCUCUCUGUCUGGAAGAGGAACGACCUGAAGAAGAAGGUCUGCCUCUUCUGACUCCACUGGGACCGCAUCUUCCACAAUCCCCGGAGUCUGAACAAAACGUCAUCAUCAUCACCGCCGCCAUCAGCUUCAUCACAGCAGCUCAGCGUCAGUGAGACGCUCAGUGAGACGUCUCGGGCUCCAGGUUCGAUGUGAUUCCCAGUGAGGGUUUGAAACCAGCUGUUGCAUCAGACUGCUGUUUAAUAAGCUUCAGUUUAUCUGUGAAAAUGUAUUAACAACAAAAUAUCCACCGAACAAGCACAAAGAGUCCCGGCCCGGGUCUUCCUGCCCCGUCGUGGUUUUGUAUGCAAACUGACUUGAGGUCAAGGGUCGUCCUGAAGGUCAGGGCCACACUAAGUGAAACACGUGCAGGCUGCGGGCACAUUUGCAGCACUUUUCUCAGUGUGUUUUGGUUUUGUGAGCUCUGUCAGCCACCGUAGAACAGCUGAGCCACCAGGCUCUGAGGCCUUGUUAGCAUAGUGAUCACAAACACAUGAAUUUACCCUCACCUCAGUCUGUUAGCUUUUCACUGGACUGAAGACUUUAAACUCAUAAGAAAUAAGAGCAGCCAGGAAUCGGCGUGAAGAUGGCGAGCAGCUUCUCGUGUGUGAAGCUCAGCUGUGUGCUUGUAGUUUGGUAUUCUGGGAAGUGAAGUCAGUUCUGCUGUUGAACUCACUGGAGGUUAAAGGCUUUCUGGAUAGCAGGUUAAACAGGCCGACAGACGAUGAAACUACAGACGGACGUAUUUCUGCUGUUUGCUCUGAAUGUUUUAUUAUGAAGCUUCCAGCUGCGGUCGGGCUUUAAUACAACAUUCCUGCUGACUCUGGGUCAGAUUUCAGUUCAGAUUGGAUGCUGACUGUAGCAACAGACCUGUGAGCGACCUUUCAAAAGGAUUGUUCCUAUUGGCUUUGCCAGUUAUGAUGUCAUAAUGACAGCUUUUCUUUCCCAGCACCUCAGAGAAAACCAAGGAGACAUUUUGAUCACAGUCUGAUUUUAAACUAAAGAAAAUGAGCUUAUACCCAUGUGGUAAUGAAACUGAAUUACGUUUUUGUUCGAUUGUUUGAUUUAAUGUAUUUUUGUCUUCCUGUCCACCUUGUAAUGGAAAGCCAGUUACGUUUUAUGACUUCAACCUGUCAUUCAAAUUACUUUCAGCUAACUAUUCAGCUGCCUUGGAAGGAAAAAGCUAAAAGUUCAGUUCAGUUCAGUAACUCGUGGUGCAUUCGGGUUGCCUCAGAAACUGGAAGUUGAGAAGCUACUCGAGCCACGUUAGCCAUUGUUAGCAAUAGCAGCUGAUAGCAACGCGACACUCGGAGCAUAUAAACGUGUGUGCAGUUAGAAGCUGCACAGUAACGUCUGAUUUAAUGAGACACAAAUGAGUCUGAAGUGCUAACGAACUGCACAUCAACAGCUUUCACUGCUGUGGUCCUGUUCAUGUGCAGAGCAGCCAUCUUGGAUUUUGACCUCAGGGUUGGUGAG